AUUGUACAUAUCCUAAUUUUAAAUUCUUACCAGAAUCUUUUAUGUGAUACAGAGUAUGAUUCCUUAUCAUUUUUUCACUUUUUAUGAACUUCAUCCAUACAAUAGGUCAGGUUAACUUGUGAGAGAAUUUAGCACAAGAAUCCAAUUUUCAAAUUAAGGCCCACUCCAAUAUCAAUAUAUCAAACAGUAUCAUUUAAAUCAAACAAAUAAUUUCUACUGCUUCCCCCAAAUCCAAAAACUCUCUCUCCACCACAACAAUCACCAAUGUCCACCAUUUCCACCAACCAAAUCACCAAAUUAUUCGUCUAUGGAACCCUUAAACGAGGCUUCCCAAACCACCACCUCUUAGAAGAGCUCACCGCCACAAACGACGCCGUUUUCCUAGGCUGUUACAAAACCCUCAAUUCAUACCCUCUAGUAUGCGGGCCCUUGGGUAUCCCCUUCUUGAUCAACAUUCCCGGGUCGGGUCACCGGGUCAUCGGAGAGCUAUACUCGGUAUCGGGAUUGGGCCUGGCCCGGUUGGACGAGCUUGAAGGGAUCAGCCGUGGACACUAUGAGCGGCUUCCUAUAGAGGUGGUGACGGAUGAGGAAGGUGACCCGCGGGUGACGGAAGCAGAGGGGUAUUUUGGGCAUCGUAGUUUUGGGGAGGAAUUGUGGAAUAAAAAUGGGAAAGUGGUAAUGGAGGAAUAUUUGGAUAAAUUAGGGGAGAAAUAUGUUAGGGUUAAGGAUCGAGAUGUUGGUUUGAAUUUGAAGGAUUAUAUUCUUGAAUUUCUUCAAUCUCAUGAUCAUCAUCCAUCUAAUUGAAAUGCAUGUGUAAUGCAAAAAUUAAUUGGAAUUAUUAUUAUUAUCUUAAAUUAUGCAGUAGAGUUUAAUCUUAGUUCCUGUGAAAAAGGUUUAAAAGUGUACUAGUACUCUUUAAUUAAUUCUCUACAUCCGAAAGUACAUGUUUUCAUUUCUGAAAUUAUCAAUAAAUUAUUAACCUGGGUAUGUGACGACUCAAUCUAGAUGAUCAUGAGGGGA